GUUUUUUGUUGUUUCCACUCGUCUUCACGUUAUAUUUCAUAUCAUUUUUAAUUUAAUAAUCAAAUAAAAUGCUCUCAAAAUCAGUGAUAAUCAGACUCUUGUGUCUGAGUCUAAGUGUCAUCUGCACCAACGGUCACUUACCCCACGAGCACAUCGGCGGACCGAUUCUCAUUGAGUCCCGACCCCCACCAGCCCUCCCAUUCUAUGGCCCCCCGAUCCCCAUAGUGGCCGCGUCUGUCAAAUCGCCGCCAAUCGUGGCUGCAGUCAAGUCAGUGCCUCUGCCACCCGUCACCCGCGCCCGGAUUGGUGUCAAAACGGUGUUCCGUCCGCCACCACCAGCACCUAUAGUCCAACAGGUUGUCCAACAGCCACUUCAUAUAGAGCAACACGAAUUGGUAGGAGUACCGGAGCCCUAUAACUUCAACUUCGAGCACAAGGAUGACAGUGGAAAUGGACAGUAUAGACGAGAAUCUGGUGAUACCGCUGGUGUGGUUCGUGGAUCUUAUGGAUACACCGAUGCCUACGGUUUAUACAGAAUUGUCGAUUACGUGGCCGAUAAGGACGGCUUCAGAGCGAGUAUCCGCACCAAUGAGCCAGGUCUGAAUGAGCCGCAUCCAGUGUCAGGUUCAGUGCCAAACCCGGCUGACAUCACUCUGGCGGCUGAGGAGACCCCGGCCCGCGUCAAGGAUCUCAUCCGUUUGGCUCCCAUUAAGGCAUAUGACGGCCGAAUCCGAGCCCCCGUUUCUAACAGCGUUGACAACAAAUAUGAUAACAAAUAUGUUUCCAGAGAUUAGUUUAUAACUAAAGAUUAAAUUUAUUUUUUAUCAAAUUGCCUUUAUAUUAAGUUUUUAAAUUUAUUUUUUUAGUAAAUCACUUUUCAGCUACAAAUUUAUAUUAUUUUUUAACAUAUUAUUCGACAGCCGGUGCUUAUAUUAACGUCAACCGCUAUGCCAUUCAAGAAUCAGAAUUUAUGUGUCAUUCCUAUGAAUUCAAUUCUGUGCCAACGCUUGCC